UGGCGCGCCUGUCGCCCGUGUGUUUUGCUAGUCAUAGGCUUCUGUACAGAGAUGGCAAGAGAGCCGUAGCAGACUGAGGGGCCUGCUCGGCUGAGGAUUUUACUGACAACCGUUGCGUUAGCACACAGCCAAGACACAGAGUGUAGGAAAGUAGAGGAACAGCGAGCAAGUGGAACCAUGGGACACGGAGUAGGCUGAACCAGAGGGUCUAGCAGCACACACCAGUUGUUUUCCACUGUGGUGUAUGACAUGGCCACGGCCUCAUCUAGAGCAGAGACUAGCCAUAACCACAGAGGAACGUCACAACUCUAUGCCAUUGUGUCCUGUGCCAAACUCAAGAGGAAGAAGAGUUCCCUGUUUGGGACUGCCAUUUAUGUGGAGGUGACAGCUGAGGGGGAGACGCGGCGCACUACGAAAUCUCAUAGCUCCUCCAAUCCUAAAUGGGACGAGAGGCUCACUUUGAAUGUAACUCCACACACACAGGUGGAUUUCAAAGUUUGGAGCCACCACACCCUGAAAGCAGAUGCUCUGCUGGGCAAAGCCACGCUGGACCUCACUCGAGCCUUGGAAGACCAUGACAGAAAAUUAGAGAAUGUGAAGGAAGUGCUGAAGCUGAGUGCGGAGCAGAAGGGGGUGACAGUGCCCAUGGGGGAGCUGACUGUGUACCUUGAUGGACUCACUGUCACCGACCAGGAGGAACUGGCACCACUUACCAACGGCAAUGCACCAAAUGGCUCCAGUGAGCUCAGUGUUUAUGUUAGGGAGGUCCAACAGAAUGGUGACGCCAUCCAUGAAAACGGAGAUUCAUCUUCCUCAUCCUCAAGGGCUGCCAACAGCACAGUGAAUGGUACAGACUUGGGCCCAAGGUCAGGUUCCUGUUCAGCCUCCAGUGGUGCGGAUGGUCAGGUGCCUUCAAGCUCCUGCAGCCCUGCUCUUUGUCAUGCCGUCAACGGAGACUCCACAACCAACUCCACCCCUGUCCACCAACCCUCAGACAGUGAUAAUGAGAGUAGGAUGGUCAAUGGGGAGUCCUGUGAUGCUGCUGAAGGGCAGUCAUCUGCUACAAGAAGUGAUGUGCUGCCCUCUGGAAGUGACCACGAGGACUGCAUUCAGGAUGCUGCACUGCCAGACUCUGACACAGCACCAAAUAGCACAUCUCAACCCCCACCUGCUUCCACAUCAUCUUCAACCUCUUCUGUUGCUGCUAAUUCUGCCACUGCCGUUGCUGCCUCCUCCUCUUCCUCCACAUUCACCUCUCCAAACCAGGGGGUCACCACGUCCUCGUCGUCAUCCUCCCCAGCGCUUGCUGAAGCAAAUGCUUCAGGAAGUGGAGGUGGUAGUAAUAGUAGCAGUGCAACAGUAACUACAGAUGGGGCCAAGCCCAGGCAGCAGGUCCCCAAUACUGGAGCCUCAGAUCCUCUUCCACCAGGGUGGGAGCAGAGAAAAGACCCACAUGGGAGAACGUACUAUGUAGACCACAACACCAGGACGACUACCUGGGAAAGACCACAGCCGCUACCACCAGGUUGGGAACGUCGAGUGGAUGACCGGGGUAGGAUCUAUUAUGUGGACCACAACACCCGCACCACCACAUGGCAGCGUCCCACUAUGGAAUCGGUGCGCAAUUUUGAGCAGUGGCAGAGCCAGCGCAGCCAGCUGCAGGGAGCUAUGCACCAGUUUAACCAGAGAUACCUCUACUCUGCAUCCAUGAUGUCUGCUGAAAAUGAUCCUCUUGGCCCACUGCCUCCUGGUUGGGAGAGACGUGUUGACUCCAAUGAUCGAGUGUACUUUGUCAACCAUAACACAAAGACAACACAGUGGGAAGACCCUCGAACCCAAGGGCUACAGAAUGAGGAUCCUCUGCCUGAAGGUUGGGAGAUCCGGUACACAAGGGAAGGGGUUCGCUACUUCGUGGAUCACAACACCCGAACCACAACUUUCAGCGACCCCCGCACUGGAAAGUCUUCAGUCACCAAAGGCCCUCAGAUUGCAUACGAGCGCAGCUUUCGAUGGAAGCUUGCCCAUUUCCGCUACUUGUGCCAGUCUAAUGCUCUCCCAAGCCAUGUGAAGAUCACUGUCUCCAGGCAGACACUGUUUGAAGACUCCUUUCAGCAAAUUAUGGCCCUGAAGCCUUACGACUUGAGGAGGCGAUUGUACGUCAUCUUCAGAGGCGAGGAGGGUCUGGAUUACGGUGGCCUGGCCCGAGAGUGGUUCUUCUUGUUGUCCCAUGAAGUGCUGAACCCCAUGUACUGUCUGUUUGAAUACGCUGGAAAAAGCAACUAUUGUCUGCAGAUCAACCCAGCCUCAGCCAUCAACCCCGACCACCUCUCCUACUUCUGCUUCAUAGGCCGCUUUAUUGCAAUGGCACUUUUCCAUGGCAAGUUCAUUGACACAGGCUUCUCUCUGCCUUUCUACAAACGCAUGCUGAACAAGAAGCUAAUACUCAAAGACCUUGAGUCCAUUGACCCAGAGUUCUACAACUCACUCAUAUGGAUCAGGGACAACAACAUCGAGGAAUGCGGUCUGGAGAUGUUCUUCUCCGUGGACAUGGAGAUCUUGGGGAAGAUCACCUCUCAUGACCUCAAACCCAAUGGUGCCAACAUCCAAGUCACUGAAGAGAACAAGGAGGAGUACAUCAGUCUAAUGGCAGAGUGGAGGUUCUCUCGUGGGGUGGAAGGUCAAACCAAAGCUUUUCUCGACGGCUUCAAUGAGGUGGUUCCACUUCAGUGGCUCCAGUACUUUGAUGAAAAGGAGCUUGAGGUGAUGCUGUGUGGCAUGCAGGAAGUAGACUUGCAGGACUGGCAGAGAAACACUGUGUAUCGUCACUACACCAGGAACAGCAAACAGAUCAUCUGGUUCUGGCAGCUGGUGAAAGAGGUCGACAAUGAGGUGCGACUACGGCUCAUGCAGUUUGUCACUGGAACCUGCAGGCUUCCUCUGGGCGGCUUUGCUGAGCUCAUGGGAAGUAACGGACCGCAGAAGUUCUGCAUUGAGAAGGUGGGGAAAGACACGUGGCUUCCUCGCAGCCACACGUGUUUCAAUCGUCUGGACUUGCCUCCUUACAAGAGUUACGAACAGCUGAAAGAGAAGCUGCUCUUUGCCAUCGAGGAAACAGAAGGAUUUGGCCAAGAAUAGAGGGAGGAGUCCUCUUCGAUUUCCCUUCCUCUCCCAUCGCUGUUUAUUCAGCCAAGAAAAACAAACUUUAAAAAAAUUGCACAAGAUAACCACCACUGUAUAUAAGCUAUUUUGUCAUUUCAAACCAAAUCCUAAUUUGCUGCAUAAUUGUUGCCGCAGCCCUCUUCCCCCAGUCCCUAUAUAUCUAAAUAUAUAUCUAUAUAAUACACCUUCAUGAAAUAUGCAAGCAUUACAGCAUUUUGCUCUUUGUUCAAAAACAGAAAUCACUGAUAGUUUUGGGUUUUUUGGGUUUUUUACACUUCCUCCACCACUGCUGACUGGCUUUUAAAAAUACAUUUAAAUUGUUUUUGAGAGGAUUUUAUAAAGUGCAGUCUCCUUUUAAAGCUCUAGUUCUAUAGGGCUUUUAAAAGGCUAGAAUAGAAGUAUCGGGGUCUGGUGCCUGAAAUUCUUGCUCCUGUCAGACCCAUAGUAAUUUUGCAAUUUUGGUGCACUUGCAUGCUGCCUCUAGAGAUGAGAAGACUGCUAUGCCCACCCUCCACCGCACACAUAGUUUUUAGCAUGGAUCUCUCCAUUUCUAAAUAAGUUCAUUGCUACCAUUAAAAACAAUGCAGCACUACAAUUGGACUGAUUGGAAGCACAGAAACACCCAGUGUUUUGUUUUGUUCUAGUGUUUUUGCUUUUUUCUCUCACCAGCCCAGAGACAGAACAUCUUUGGGGAAACAAGUGAUUUUUUUUUUUAACAUUUUAUUUUAAACGCACACAUGUGAGUGUGAUGAUGGUGGGAACUUCAUGGAUUAAAGUUUCAAGCUAGAGAUCCUACAUGAGAUGUUGCAGAUUGCCUAUGCUGCAGUCUGCUUGCACACUGUGAAGCUACAAGAGCAAAGCUGGUUACUCUAACCUAAAUAAUGAGCUACAGACAGGUGAGAAAUUAAAGGAGAAUAAAGUGUCUUAAAAGAUAUUGGGCCAUCAGUUCUUAGAGUCUCUGGGACUCUACGAGGGGAAUAGAACAAUGUUUUUCCGCAAGACGCUUGCUAUUCCAGGUCCUCUUUGUUGGUCCAAAAUCUCCACCCUCAGCCCUUCCCAUUGUCAUCCCUCUCCAGCCAGAUUUGUUUUUGUAACUGAACAUUUUUCGCCCUCGGCUGUAAAAGGCUGAUAAGUCAAGGUCACUGAAAUUCAAACUCGAGCGGUCAGGUUUUCUGAAAAGAUGUUCUCUAGGAUAAUCUAAAAUCCUCAGAUAAGUUCAAAUCUCAGUGACCUUGAUGAGCUAUUGUUGUCACCCCACCAGGUGGGAAAAGUCACACCAAACUUUCUGAACAUGAGAAGGAGGUGACCUAGGAUUUUCAAAUUUAUACCCUACGUGUAUCUACUAAAAACCUCGGAUAAGUUCAAAUCUUGGUGACUUUGACCUCACGUUCGAGGUUCUUUAAUGUGUCAUGUUUCAUUCGUCAUAAAAUAACAUGACACAUAGACAUGAAGUCACUCAGGUCUUAGUGUUAAUAGCAAUUAAAAUAGGUAAUCCAUCUGAUUAAAAUUUAAUAAUUAAAUAAUAUAACAGUAAAAAUAUACAGUCAGAGGUGAAGUCAGAGCCAGAGGCCUAAGAUUUCAAAUUGAUACUUAAUGGUAUUAAUUUGACUUUGAAUCUCAGUGACUUCUACCUCAAAGUCAACAUCAGAGGUCAGGUUUUCUGAAAAUCUUAUGAAUGAAAUAACCCAAGAAGGAAGUCACCUGGGAUUUUCAAAUUGACACCAUAAGUGCAGCUACUAGGAUGCUGAGGGGUGGCACUGCUGGCUGUCAGUGUUUUAAAUCAAUUACAAACUGAGUCAGUCAUGUCAGCAAAUUGUCAAAUCCUAACAGAACCAGACGCACUCGCUAUAGAGGGAAAGGGUUCAAGGCCUGUCUUUUGUCUUGGUGUAAAACACACAUGUGCCCCCUGCAGACCAUCGUAGGUGCCGUCACCUCUGUAAUGAGGGCUCUACUAUGAUUUCCUCUCAGACUGUUGUUGGCGCUGUCUGUUUACAUCCUGCAUUGACAUUCUCAGUCACCCCCCCACCCCCCUUAUAUCACACUGAUGCCAUUUUUCUUGCCAGCUUCAUACAAGCACAGAUUCACUUAAAAAAGAACGCGUGUGCUUAGCUGGCUUUCUUCUGCCUCUUUGAUUGAAUUAUCUCAGACUGAAGUGUGCUAUAAAGUCGUCAUGUUUCAGAGGACGGCAGGUAUUAUCAUUGUUUUUGAGUGGCAGGCAUCACACCUAACCAACAUAAUGCACAACAAAUAAAUAUAUAAAUCAAAUUUGUCCAUGUCGUGCCACAGUGAGGUUUAAAAAACAGUUGCACCCCAGGAAGGCAACUACAUUUCAUCUACACAAAAUGACGACCUGACCCAAGCAUUCGAGUCUUAACCACAUGAUACAAUCUCCUUUAUUCACCUCCGUAUUUAGACUGAUGUCCUUAAAUUAAAAAUAAUCUUUUGUGGCAACUCCUCAGCAUCUUAGGCCCUAAUGCAGCAUCAGCAGGAUAACGCACUGCUUUGUUGUGUGUUCUUGUCUUUACACCCCCAAUUUCCCCUGGUCCUUUUUGGUUCUUUAACUGCCUCGCUGUUAUGUUGAAACUCCAUUGUUUGUAAAUGACAACUCUGGUGCUUACUCUUUCAGUCAGUGGUCUAAAUGCAGGAAAAAAAGAAAAUAACUCAGCCAGUGGCAGGCCAUUCUCCUCAUCUUUGAUGUGUAGGGUUUGUUUUUUUGUUUUAUUUAAAGACCACUGCAAACAGCAGCAAGCUGAUUUAGACUUUGAUUCCUCUGAGGAGCUCGUGAUUUAGUAAAACGAUCGGUGGUGUAUAUAACUUGUUCAGCUCUCUGAGAUGAAGCGCUGAAACGAGGGACAACAACAUGAAGAGAUGCAUUGCUCUGUAGCAAAAGGAGCCGACUUUUAAGAGACGUUAAAACUGCAUAACUGUGCUUCCUUUUGAACAGAAACCUGUAAUCAAAGAAAAUCAACUGUAUGUGAAUAUUCAUUGUAAAAAAGAGACAGUAAAUGAAGUACUUAAAUAUUAUAAUUACUUACACAGAGCUGCCGCGCCAUUGAUGGAAAUCUGUGAUGCCUUUGUUCUUAUCAGAAGUAGAUGGACGUUUCAGAUCGCCUUCACUGCAGCCAGUAACUCGCCGAAGUAUCACGUGAAUAUCGGAAACAAAGUAGCGUUGAGUAAUGAUGCUGUAUAUCAACUUAAUGGAGCGGGGAAGUUGCUGCGGUUUAGGCGAUCUGAAAUGCAUCCAAACUUGUAACAUAUCGCGUGUAGAUACACACUGUAAACACAAACUACACUGUACAGAAUGCCCCUUUACUGGAGAAGAUGUGUAUAGAAGUUUCAUUUUUAAUCUGCUUUCACCCAUUUUCAAUGGAGAGAGAUUGAUUUAUGAGAUACAAAUAAAUAAGUGAAUAAA